CAUAGUACACUGGAAAUGCCUGGAUACAGCAGCCAGAGCUCUGCCGCAAACGACGGCUCCGGCCGGCUACAAAUGUCCGCAGUGCGACUUCCCAUCUUCCCGCCUCUCAAUCUGGUGUCGCCUGUCGCCGACAUCCUCAGGGAGAGGCUGGCCGGCGUCAACUGGGCUCGUGUCGGCCUUGGACUGCCACUGCUGAGUGAAGAAAUUGAAGUUCGCCCAGUAACUGAAGGAAAUUCAACUGAGCCGCCGAAACCUAUGUGCAUAGAAAAUGGGAUGAGCAACGAUGCAGUUGUGCACGUAGAGGACCCCAUACUUCCAUUCGGACCAUCUGAAACUUUCGGUCACGUCCCGAGGAGAACCCACCAGAAUGUUGAUGAGAGUGCUCCGCUGAUUGGCAGCGAUGUUCUCCACUACCCAGACCAUGAUGAGAACAAAUACAAGCGCCGAUCAGCUAGUGAAUGGAUUUUCAGAUGGUUGAAAUCGGUCUCAAGUCAGAGAGUACCCGGCUACAAGCCAGGCCACCUCUAUCGUAGAUACAUCAUGGCUGCUAUUCUGGCUUUCCUUCUCUUGUGUGCUCUCAUCGUGGUGUUUUCAAAACUGGGGAGCAUUGUAACUGCCAAUGAUCCAUCUUUCCUGCCAGAAAACAACCCUAUGGUCAAGUUUAGUGACGAAUGAUUCUUCGUGCAUUCCACUUUCAUUCUGUAAAUACUUCUAAUUGUGUUUCACUUUCAUUGAAUAAUCAAUUCUUUCUAGAUCGUUAUCGAAUUAUUCGAACUUUGACUUUGCUCAUUUGACAACUAUAAACAAUUGUUCAUGGCAGACUAUCGAUAAUUCUAUAAAUUCGAUAUUGCUAAUUCUCUAGAAUGGAAAACACACAAUACUUGUAUAUAUACUGCUGAUGUGUUUCAUUAUGGUAAUCCUAAUCAUAACUGAAUAUUUAUGUUAUCCAAUGUACAUUAUCAGUAUUCGAUGAUUAAUAUAAUAACCACUCAUUGUAAAACGUCCUUAUCAAUUGUUUAGAUAUUUGCAAUGAAUAUUUCUAUGCAAUGGUCGUAUAAGUAUUCACUUAUUCUCAUUUCAACUAUUGUACAUUUGAAUCUGUAUGACAUUAUAAAGAACUUGUGAAUAAUAUAGUUAUAGCCCUUGA